UGAUGAACCAGUUUUUGGACAUUUUGGUCUUCAUGAAUACAGCUGAGUCACAUGGAAAAUAAAACACGUGGGUGUCUUAAUUGACUGAAAGUCUUUAUUGCAGUUCACUGGAGGAUUCACACACGGGAUACAAGUCAUAUCUGAGAAAAGUAAUUUCAGUGUUCUGGAAGUGACAAUGGCUUUACAAUAAAGUCCAACCCAAGUAUACAUAAGAGGAGUCAUUUCAAACUACUUCUUGUUUGUAGAUUUUACAAUGGAGAGAAAAUAUAUCACACACCAGAAGGUUCACAAUGGAGGGAAGCCAUAUCCUUGUUCUGAAUGUGACAAAACUUUUAUAAGAAAGAGUGAGCUUAUAGUACACCAAAGAGUUCACACUGGAGAGAAGCCAUAUCAGUGUUCUGAAUGUGAUAAAGCUUUUACAGAAGUCAUAUCUUAUCUGUCACCAGAGGAUUCACACUGGAGAGAAGCCAUAUCAGUGUGUUCUGAAUGUGAUAAAGCUUUUACACAGGAGUCACAUCUCCUUAGACACCAGAGGAUUCACAGUGGAGAGAAGCCAUAUCAGUGUUCUGAAUGUGAUAAAGCUUUUACACAGAAGUCAAGUCUUAUCACACACCAGAGGAUUCACACUGGAGAGAAGCCAUAUCAGUGUUCUGAAUGUGAUAAGGCUUUUACACAGAAGUCAAGUCUUAUCACACACCAGAUGAUUCACACACUGGAGAAAAGUCAUAUCAGUGUUCUGAAUGUGAUAAAGCUUUUACAGUGAAGUCAUGAAUCUGAUCACACACACACCAGAGGAUUCACACUGGAGAGAAGCCAUAUCAGUGUUCUGAAUGUGAUAAAGCUUUUACAGUGAAGUCAAAUCUUAUCAGACACCAGAAGAGUCACACUGGAGAGAAGUCAUAUCAGUGUUCUGAAUGUGAUAAAGCUUUUACAGUGAAGUCAAAUCUUAUCAGACACCAGAAGAGUCACACUGGAGAGAAGCCAUAUCAGUGUUCUGAAUGUGAUAAAGCUUUUACAGUGAAGUCAAAUCUUAUCAGACACACCAGAGGAUUCACACUGGAGAGAAGUCAUUUUAAUGCUCUCAAUGUGGCAAAAACUUUUACAGUUAAUGCCGGUCUAAUCUAUCACCGGAUGAUUCACAAAUUUCAGCAUUGAUUAAAUUCUGGAAGAAAAGAGAUAUUAAAGAAGUUUCAGGUGUCACAAGUUAGUUUCACAUCCCCAAGCUGCAGUGA